AUGGGCGGGAUAGUGGCAGUGAUUAUUUUGACCAACACAAAACCAUGGACGAGUAAAACGUAUGGGUUGAUUCUCUUGGUUCCGUUGAUGACAAUAUUCAGUAUUUCCGUACUGUGUGUCAAACUGCCCAGAUUGAAGAAAAAGUUGGAGGCUGAAUCGGCUGCAUUGAUUACUACAUUCAAUGCCGAAGACAGCGAUCGUAGUAUAGUUUGGAAAAGAGUACAGAUUGCUGGUGAUAGACAUGAUAAAGACUAUCUAGUAAUCGAAAUCUUGCGCCGCAAUGAGAUACCUGAAAUAAUGGCCUCUUUCCCACCUUCUUACGAUGCUACUACCGGAUAA